AUGAAUUCCAUAAGUAAUAGAAACGAUGAACCAACUGAGGAAGAUAUCGAUAAGAGAUUGCGUGAUAAUUACGACGAUAUCGAAGAGGCUCAUGGUAAUCUUAAGAAACAGAAAUUAAGCGAAGAAAAUGUAAAUCAUAAUGGUGGUAAUGCUGAUGAUGACAACGACGAUGCAGCAGCUGUCGCCGCUAGUACUGUAGCACACAGCGAAGACUCCAAUAUUGAUUCUGAGCUUCUAGGUGAAAAUCAACAUGAUGAUGACGGAGACCACGAUGUCAGCUUACAACAUGCUGAAGAUGUCAAUAAUGCUCACCAUGAUGUUGAGGAUGUAGCUAGUGCUGCUGUAUCCGCUACAUAUGAUGAUCUAUUGCAAAAUGAGAAUGCUAAUCAUAAUAAUGUUGAUGUAUCAUUACAAGAGGCGGAGACUGCCCUUCCUUCUCAUGAUAAAUUAGAUAUUCCUGAAUCUAAAAUUGACAUGGCUGGAAAUGAUAACGAGGAGAUGAAAAUGACUGAAGAAGCCGUUGCGGAUAACGAUAAUUCUAACUCUCUGUCCGGUGUUACCACUGGUGAUGACAAUACUUCAAUCGCUAUAGCGAGAGAUAUCGACGAAGCACGUAAAAGGCUUGCAAAGAGAGGCCGUAAACCUGCACCAAUCACUGGCACCGAUGAAUGGAAGAAACAACGUAGAGAUUCUCAUAAAGAAGUGGAGAGACGUCGUAGAGAGAGUAUUAAUCAUCACAUUAAUAAUUUAAGUUUAUUGUUACCCGUAAAAGAAACUAGCAAAGCUGCCAUUUUAGCUCGUGCAUCUGAAUAUAUUGAAAAAUUAAAGGAGACUGAGAAUGCUAAUAUUGAAAAAUGGACCUUACAAAAAUUAUUAAGUGAACAAACUGCUUCUCAGCUGGCUACAGCAAAAGAAAAACUAGAAGAAGAACUUGGUCAUGCUUUCAAAGAAAUAGAUUAUUUGAAAAGGUUAUUAGAAGAAAACCACAUAGAAUUGCCAGAUGAUAUGUUGCAUGAUAACAAGAAUCAUCAAUCAAAGAAGGACGAUUGA